AUGUAUGAGUAUUCUCACCAUCUUGGUCUUUCAUCGCGCGGUUCUUUACUGACAACUUGCAAGGAGCAUCAAUCUACUCCAUCACGCGAUGAAUCAGAUGCAGCAGAGGCGCCACGCACUAGAGAUUCAGAAAAUGGUCAACAGGAGAUCAGUAAUGAUUCUCUAAACAUGGCACACUUGGAACUUAUUGUCCAUUUCAGUUUCGACAUUUACGUUCCCGAAUUCGAUCAGCAUAUCAAGGAGCCCGCGACCAAGCUGGUGCUACAAACCGCUCUAAAAGCACCAUUCUUGAUGCACGAAAUCCUGGCCAUAUCCGCAUGCCACUUGUCGGUAACACGACCGAGCGACGCGGCAAUAUAUCGCAGCCAGGCCGUGCAACUACAGACCAAGGCAAUUGAGCUGUUCAAUAUGUCGACGCGGGAUGCCGAUCGGGACAAUAUAUGUGCCCGGCUGCUGUUUUCCUCCAUUCUGGGGCGCCACAUUAUAGCCGACGCGCUCGAUAGCCAUGGGCUUGACUUUUCGUCCUUUCUCCAGCGAUAUGUUCAGGGCAUCCGCAUCUACCGCGGCGUGAGAGCUGUGGCUGCAGAGGAGGAUUGGAAUGUGCUUCUAGGCUCUGAACUCGGGCCACUAAUGAUUCGGGGCCUCGGCAUCGCUACCUAUGACCAGCCUUAUGAAUUGGAAGAUACGCUAUGGCAUCUCGUCUUUCACGCUACAGGCCUGAAUGACGAGGAAAAAGCAUCGUGCGAGACGGCACUUCGGUUGAUUGAAACGGGCUUUGCCAACCUGAGGGACCUGACGAGGUCGGAAACGGGCCGGCGCAUGAUUUUCUUGUGGUCCAUCAUGCUUCCCGAUUUGUUCAUCGAAUUAUUGGCGCGCCAAGUUCCGGAAGCGAUUGCAAUAUUGGGUCGUUAUGCUAUCCUGCUUCACUAUGGGAGGUCAUUGUGGCAGGUUGGAGACGCGGGGCCGCGCCUGUUACAUACCAUACAGCGUUUACUGGGUCCUGCAUGGGACCCGUGGCUUUCAUGGCCAGAGGGCCUGCGUAAUCCCAUUGUCUUGCCUGUUGAAGGUAUACAUUUCGCUUGA